AAACUCCACCCAAACAGUUCUGGAGGGAACCCAGCCGGAGUCUAUACAUUCUUAAAGAGACAGUACCUCUGUGUGGCAGCCUGCCUGCUUUUCCUUCUAUCGUCUCAAACAAAAGGGACAGAGACCUCCUCCAUUAUUCUUGUUCUUAUUUGAAAGUGGGAAAUUCAGUGAAGACAGUGUCUGAAGGAGAUAGGCGCCUACAGGCCCAUCUGUGGCUACAGCCCUCCUGCUCUGCUUCCGCUUCUCACAGCAUGAGAAACUGCAAGAUGGUCCGGAUGGUGAGUGUUCUGGGGCUGGUGAUGCUCAGCGUUGCUCUGCUGAUUUUGUCCUUCAUCAGCUACGUGUCCCUGAAAAAAGACAAUAUCUUCUCCACUCCCAAAUACGCCAACACGGGGGUGCCCAGAAUGUACAUGUUCCACACUGGAUUUAGGUCCCAAUUUGCACUGAAGUUCCUUGACCCAUCAUUUGUCCGCAAUACAAACUCCUUGAAUCAAGAGUUGCAGGAUAAAACUCCCAAGUGGACAUUCAACAGGACAGCAUUCCUGCAGCAACGGCGAGACAUUCUCCAGCAUGUUGAUGUGAUCAAAAAUUUUUCUUUAACCAAGAAUAUGGUUCGGAUCGGACAGCUGAUGCAUUAUGAUUAUUCCAGCCAUAAGUAUGUUUUCUCCAUUAGCAAUAGUUUGCGGUCACUGCUUCCAGAUGUCUCUCCUAUCCAGAAUAAACACUACAACAUCUGUGCCGUCGUCGGAAAUAGUGGGAUUCUCGUGGGAAGCCAGUGCGGGCAAGAAAUAGAUAAAUAUGAUUUUGUUUUCCGUUGCAAUUUUGCUCCAACUGAGGCUUUCCAGAAAGACGUAGGAAGAAAAACCAACCUUACCACUUUCAAUCCCAGUAUUCUGGAGAAGUACUACAACAAUCUCUUGACCAUUCAAGACCGCAAUAACUUUUUUCUAAGCUUAAAAAAGCUUGACGGAGUCAUUCUGUGGAUCCCCGCCUUUUUCUUCCAUACUUCUGCAACCGUUACAAGAACAUUGGUUGACUUCUUUCUUGAGCAUCGAGGACAGUUAAAAGUCCAGCUGGCUUGGCCAGGAAAUAUAAUGCAACAUGUCAACAGGUAUUGGAAAAACAAGCACCUGGCCCCCAAGCGACUCAGCACAGGUAUUCUCAUGUAUACAAUUGCAUCAGCAAUUUGUGAUGAAAUACACCUGUAUGGAUUCUGGCCAUUUGCAUUUAAUCCAAACACCCGAGAAGACCUUCCAUACCAUUACUUUGAUAAAAAAGGAUCCAAGUUUACUACCAAGUGGCAAGAGUCCCAUCAGCUCCCUGCCGAAUUCCAGCAACUCUAUCGAAUGCAUGGCGAAGGUCUGACGAAACUGGCUUUGUCCCACUGUGCCUAAGGAUUUAAACACUUGAAGUGCCAUAUGAUUGUGUUUUUUUGUAAAGAAAAAGAAAAAAAAGUGCCCAAAAACAAAUUCAGCAUUCUUCAAAAGAGAAUUCUAAGGGGGGGGAGGGGAUAAAGCAUUUGUGAAAAUAUUUUCCUUGAUUCAGAGAUGCUAUGAAAUCACCCUUUUAUCACCAUUUUUUAAGAGAUAGCAGGGUGGCUUCAGCGGAUUUCAUAAUGAACAGUUUCUUCUGUUCAUACAGUAGGAAACUCAGAGCUGUUUAUGGCAGAAAGUUUUGCAUUGGUAUUUGUAGGCUGCCAAGAAUGUUCUCAGUUUAAAGUAUUUUCAUAUGCAUAUUUUUUCACAUUGUGCAAUAUGUCUCAACAUGUCAAAUUUUCAAAUUUUUGCAUUUGCUUAUUAAGAUUAGCUUCUUCUCUCUGCUAACUUGCACUCCCAUUAUCAGUGAUGGAUACAUUUGUGUCAUUCCAUGGUCAGUUUGAGAAAUCUUCCUGAUAUUCUGGCUGAAUAUCUUACACUUACACCAAUGUGACCCCUUUAUUGGGAAUUUGUCAGUGUAGGUGGCUGUUGGAUUAUUCUCAAUGUCCAGAAGUUGAGAUUCAGCUCUUUUCAAAAUGGAGAGUGAAAGACUGUUUUCCAGGCAUGCAUAGGGCUAUGGCAGGGACGAUCAAAUUAUGGCCCAUAGGAUGCCCAUGGGAUGCAUCUAGCUCUUGCCCCAAUUGUUUGUGGUUUCCCUCUUCUCCCCUUUCCAUUCAACGCCUGACUGACAUCACUCCUGGAACAACCUUGCACACAGCGUGGUGCUAAGCGGACUGAGGGCGUGUUGGGAUGAUCUAGUUCCCAGGGAGCACGUGCUCCUGGUCGGCAUAUCACCCAAACCUACCAAAGUGCAGUCCCCAAGCCUUCUGCCCAACAUUCAUGCAACAUUAUCCACCAUUCUCCUGCCAUUUGCAACCUACCUUUGAAGUUGGGUGGAGAAUGUUGGACGAAUGUUGGGCAGAAAGCUCAGGAACCUGAUUCGGACAACUCACCCACCGAGAGCAUGCACGCCUCAGGAACCAGAGGUUUCUGUGAACCAGACUUCCUGGCAAUCAUUCAAACCCACCGUGAACCUCCAGUUCGACCUGUGACACUCCCAGUGCUAAAUGGGAGCUCACACCUACUAAGUUAGAGACAGCACUCUUCCCAACUUGGCAAGUACCCUGUGGAAAAUGAGAGGAUGCCCUACAGGCCUUUGGGAUGAUGCAGAGGCUUCUGGGUUGUCUAGUUCCCAAGCUUAGUUCCACUGAUGUUGUUGGACUACAACUCCCAUCAUCCCCAACCACAAUUGCCAAAGGUUGUAGUCCAGCAAUAUCUGGGGACCCAAUCUUGGGAACCCCUGAACUUCUUGUUUUGCACAGGGAAUCUGCAAGAUUAGGAGUGGCACCUCGUUUAUUUUAACAUUUGAUAAUCCCUUUAAUUUAGAGGGACAAUACUUUCCCCAGCCAAAUUCCUAGGGCCAGCAAUGAUAUCAUAGCUAGGGGAGAGUAAAAUCCUUAUCCAGGCCAGGGACAAUCUAGUCUCCUAAACUGAAGAAGUCCAUCACUUCUCCAUGGUUUUGAAAUGAGUAUCAUGGUAAAACAGUCCUAGGGCAUAGCACAUGAUACAGACUUAUGAAGCUAAAAGAUCUAGAUGUGGUCAGUUGGUGACUGUCUGGGAAUUCCAUGUAUGCCACUUGAAGCUCAUAUAUGAAGAGGAGAGUAACUUAGCUUACUUACAGUAAUUGUUCCAGUUUAGUUGAAGUUCUUAUAUGAAGAGAAGCAAUAAAGUGUUACGGUUUUUCAA